UCCCUGUAACGCAUGACCAUCGUAAGUCGGAGUUGAGACAAUGAAACGACGUCUUGUUUGGAGGUACUUGUAAUGGAAGGUUUCCAGACCAAUAUUUGAAGGGAUAUAUGAAGAAGCUUCGAUUGCGGGGGCCUAUCUUCCCUGAAGAUAUUAAAAGGCCCGCAUCUCGUCAGCUCCCCUGCUCUCUUCGCACAUCCUAGCGCUAUAUCUAUAAAAACGCUCGCAUAUAUUUUAGAAAAGACUUGCACCCCGCGACCCUGACCUCUCGUCUAUUUCAAGCCCACAAUGGCUACCGCAUGGUUACCUACCGCAUUUUUAUCGGCUGCCGUCCCCGACGGAAAAUGGGACCUGCAAUCUGAUGAAGUCUACUGCGAUAUUCCAUCCAGUGACGUGCUUCGCGUAACUGAGCCCGUAGACCUCCUCUACUAUCACGACACAGCUUCAACCUCAUGCUCUUCUCCAGCCGGCGAUUACGCGGACCUAGCAUAUCCUCUCACGCCCGCGAACGAGUGCCAUUUUGGGUACGCGGAUGUACCACUUCACGGCCUCUGCACACAUCCCCGACAGCUCGAAGCGGUUCGCUGCCCAUGUGCAUGCUGCGCGUACACGCCACCUGACUACAUGUACUGUGCUUCCGUUUCGUCUGUAUCCGAUGUAUCCGCCAGCUCGCCCGUGGCCCGCGCGCAAAUAUCAGUGCAUCCAUUCACUGGCUUUCCUUCCCGAUCGCCGUCUAUCAAUGCAGAUGCGUUCAGCUCCUCACCAUACAGCAGCCAGGAGUCUGUUUGCCCAAGUCCAAUCUCACCGCAAAGUCCUGUAGCCACUGUACCCACCAUCGAUGAAAAGCCGUUUUGCAUAAAGCGAUCUUCUUCCGACGAAGGUUCUUUUCCGAUAAAUCCGGUACUCUCCAUAAUUGAGGAAAAGUCAGCCGCGACAGUUUCACCAUCAAGCAUCUUUGGUGCCCCACCCACACCUACUACGGCAGAACCCUCAGAAAACAUGAAUGUCUUUGACCGCUUCAUUGAUGAAUCAAAAUGGACAACGACGGAGACUGGCGGUCUUCUCGGCAAAAUUGAUCUGUUUGGAGAUUUGUUACCCAUUCCUGCCAAGGUCUGUGGAAUCCUGAAUGCUACAGACGCAUCCAUUGACGACGGCAUCAAAAGCAAUGUGAGCGACAGCCGACUCGAACACCACCUUGCUGACAACGAAGUAAAUGACAUGGACGAAAGCGAUACAUCUGACGCUGAGGAGCUCAUCACACAAACGCUGGUAUUCGACCAUUCACAAACUGUACCUUCUUUAAUCGCUGCUUGCAGCAGCGACGACGAAAAGGAAAUGUGCAAUGAACAAGUACCAGUUACCUCUCGUCGACCUGGAAGGCCGCAUCUGUCAGUCGUGACCAGUGAUAUGAAGCCGAUCAAGAAGCGAUCCAGGUCCCCUUCCGCUGAUUACUUGGAAGAGAUUGAAACGCCAGCUGUGCGACGUAGCCGCAUGGCUGUCUUCACUUAUGAGGAAAUGUCCUCAGAAGAAGGAGAAUACUCUAGCCCCGAAGACGCAUUUGCAAAUUUCAACGAUGGUACCGAUGCGGUCAAGAAUCUGACUAGCACUAUUGCCUGGAGAAAGAAUUCGGCUGGGAGAUACAUUUGUCCUCACCGCGGAUGCUCCAAAACCUUUGAGCGCAAAUUCAACGGAAGCACCCACUAUGCAACUCAUUUCGACGUGCGAAUGCAUGCAUGUCCAGUUUGCUGCAAAACAUUUACUCGUUCUUAUGACCUUAAGAGGCACCAAAAACUUCAUAAAAGCAGCAAAAGCAAGAGCCAUUCCCCUUCCAAAGCCUCCGAAGCGACCCACUCCUCCACAAAAUGCCCAAACAACAAGAAGCGCACAUUGCCUGCGAACAGCACCCCCACGCACAAGCGAAAGAGAUCGCGGACAGCGAAAUAAACAUGUUUAUGGUUUGAGAUUUUGGAGCGUAAAUAAAACGGUGUACAAAGCAGAAGGGCGGUUUUUUGUUGAGAAUAAUUUAUCGAUACCCGAUUAGCGAUUAGGCUUGUCUUUCUUAGCACAUAGUUUUUUGUUGUCUUUAUUCCCGCCUGUAAGAAUGCCUUAGAUGUAGUUUAGGUGUACUUAAAGUUCUUAAUGUAUUUAUUUAUUAUCAUGUCGUAAAGCGGGCUAUACGCAGAGAGUC